GCAUCUUCUCUUCGUCAGAAGCAUAGAAGAUCAUCACUUCCAGUUUUCUCUUGAACAAUCUGACGAUUCAGCAUGACGCAUAACCAAGCCAAAGUAUUCAGUGGUGGAUUAGAGUCUGCCUCUUCUGUUGUCAGCUCUGGCAUUCUCAUCUCUUUGUGGAAACUUAUCUCAGAUCUGUACGCAGAAACCCAUUCAAACCAGAACCUGUUCUGGAAAAUAGUUAGCAACGAAUUAGGUUUGACCAUUAUAACGUUUGGGACUAACCAAAACCACGUUCAACCCGAUUUGCUUCCUUUCUCGAACGACAACCCCUUCAAAUUUAUCUGUUCCAAAACCAACCCCAUCUUCUCCCUCAAUCACUCUGCAUUUUCCCUCUUCAAUGCAUAUGGAACCUAGCUUGAUGAACUCAAAUCCCAGAUUGAUCUCAAAAGGCCAGUGAUUGUUACUGGGCAUGCUGUCGGAGGAGCCAUUGCUUCUCUUUUCACUUUAUGGCUAUUAGAGAAGAUGGAGCCAACAAAAGACAAGCGUCCCCUCUGCGUCACGUUUGGUUCUCCCCUUAUUGGAGACCAAAUGUUUCAACAAGCUAUGUCGCAAAGUUCUAAUUUGAACUCUUGUUUUUUGCAUGUAGCCUCUCUUCAGGAUCGUUUGAUUUCCUCCUCAAUUUCCAACCAUUCGUACAGUCCCUUUGGAAUAUUUCUGUUGUGCUCUGAUUUUGGCUCUUGUUGUUUUGAAAGCCCUGUUUCUGUUCUGAGGCUUCUAAAUCUCAUAAGUCAACUGAAUCAAGGAUUGCAGAAUUGUGAUUAUGGAAGUAUUGUGGAGAAUCUUUAUCGUAACGCAAUUUGCAAAGACUCUGAUUGUCCCAACAUCUCUCAUUCUAAUCUUCUCCAGAAAAGCCUCGCUCUGCAAUUAUGUGCUCUGGGAUUUCCUCAUCUGCUCCAGGAAACUGAUAUGAAGAAUCUGGUAGAAGAACUGAACAAGCAGGAAUUGCUAAAACAAAAGAAACGGUUUAUCCCAAACAAGAAGUUGGAUGAAAUGAAAACAAAUAUGGCCAAAUUGGAAUGGUACAAGAAGAUUUCAAAGACGGGAGCAGGGUACUAUGAUAGGUUUAAGGAUCACUUAUCUACGGCUGACCAUGACGUUGUCGGGUUCAUUAGAGAGCUCAAUAAUUACUGGAAAGAAAUGGUAGAAGAGGCAGAGAAGCAACCCCAGAAAGAAGGUGCUACUUUUCGCACACGAUGGCUCUAUGCCGGGACCAAUUACAGAAGGAUGGUCGAACCAUUAGACGUUGCUCGUUACUACAAGGAUGGAAAAAGAGACUACAUAAAUCAAGGAAGAUCUGAGCAUUAUAAACAGCUGGAGAAGUGGUUGGAAAAUGACCAGAAAUCUCAAUCUACAGGUAGGACGAAUAAUGUAGAAUCUAUAUUGACAUUGGAUUCUUGCUUUUGGGCACAUGUCGAAGAGGCUCUUAUUUUGUGCCAAAAAGUAAAGGCUGCAGCUAGUGAGGUGGAGAAGAAAGAGGCUAUGAGUAGUUUAGAUGAGUUUGAGAAGUAUGUUUAUGAGUUGCUGAAGAAUUAUGCUGUUUCGCCGGAGAUUUUCUUGGACGGAAGUAGCUUCAUGCGUUGGUGGGGUGAGUAUUUUGGAAUCAAGAGAGCUUCAUAUGCCUCUGAAUUUGCCAACUUCAUGAAGAAUCCAAUCAAUUAUAAGAAGUACGUGGAGGGUGCCUACAAUUUCCCUUGAGAAGCCAGGCUUUGAAUGUUUCCGAAUAAACUAUGAUUGUAUCAUCCCGCUUUCAGUUCGGGUUCUAUUUCUCCAAGUGGUUGUUGAACUUCAAUUUAUGCUCCUACGUCCACAUUACACACCCAAUGUCUGGGUCAACACUAUAUGUCACUUCUGUCCAUGCACCCCCAUUUGUGAGAUGUAAAAUGCUACUUUGUGCUGUGAACCCAAAAAAAAAAAGAAGCAAAAAACAAAACAAUUAUUGCUAUUAUUAUACAAAUCUUUCAUUCUCUCUUCAUUUGAUUU